AGGAUGACUGCGUGAUACAACAUCAGCACCUCUUUUGGAUUAAGAUCCAGCGUUUGCGCCGAUUGCCUCUUGAAAUCAGCAGUGUGAAGGACAGCGGUGUCAAAACUGCAUUCCAGAAGCGGUAUCGAGGGCAGACGUGCCCUGCACAUCACUUCAGAGACUUUGCUAUGUCUUUGCCCCUUUUCUUCUAAGAUGCCAAGACUUCCAUCAGCAUCAAUACCCUCAGUCUACAACCGAGAGGGCUGCUCGUUUGGAAGAACGCCCGACCGCAGCCGUUCUCAUCUGCAAGUUCAUUUCGAUCAAUUGUGACAAAGGCUGUCAGCGUCGGAAUAAGAAAUCGAUACUCGAGACGUUCUUCUGGAAUUUUAACGAUCCGUUUUCCUCGAGCGAAGCGCGCGUGGAGAGCGCGGGAUCCUCCUCGCACUUUCAGAUGUUCGCGGUGUUGAUGGUGACAGAUUAUUGUUGUUGAGUGUCCAUGCGAGACUUGGGGUGGAAACAUGUCUGGCCACUUCUCUGAGAGGGUCGCUGCUAUCAGAGAUGGCAUUUUGGUCCAGCACUUCGGUUUUUACUUCUAAAGUGCCCCGGAAGAUCUUAUUCAUGUUCACCCUGUCCCUUUCUGUCACCUAUCUGUUCUAUAGCUUGAUGAGCUGUUACAACUCCUUCCAGUUCCAGGAGAACUACGUUUAUCAGGGCAGGCUCGUGACAGAGGAGACAACUUUUGUUACGCUGAGGGAGAAACUUUACUCGACCUCUUCCCAGGUCUACCUCGACGAGGAGUUCGUCGAGAGGACGGCCACAGAGCAAACCAUCGCCGUCUCGAGCGUUAGAAAUAGCUUGGGGAUCGACGAGAGGACAGCGGGAUGGGUGCGAGCUCAGGCGGCUACAACGCGCUCCGCCGCCGCUGCUGCUGCUGGAGAGCCCCCAGAAUUCAGCACCACGGACAGUGAGCUAAGGAGAGCGGUGAACUGCACCUCGGAUUACGGGGUUAAAAAAUUGCCCCAAGCCAUUAUAAUCGGAGUGAAGAAAGGGGGGACAAGGGCUCUGCUGGAAGCUUUGCGGGUUCAUCCCGAUGUGCGAGCCGUUGGGAAUGAGCCGCACUUCUUUGACAGGAACUACGAGAAGGGGCUGGAUUGGUACAGGGAGCUGAUGCCGUCUACUCUGGAGGGACAGAUCACGAUGGAGAAGACGCCCAGCUACUUUGUGACAAACAGCGCCCCGAAGCGAAUCCACACGAUGGCGAGAGACAUUAAGCUAAUCAUAGUCGUCCGCAAUCCAGUGACCAGAGCCAUUUCGGACUAUACUCAGACGCUCUCCAAGAGGCCCGAGAUUCCCACUUUCGAAGUGCUGGCCUUCAAGAACCGAACGCUGGGCCUGAUCGACGCGUCGUGGAGCGCCCUGCGAAUAGGGAUCUACGCCCUUCACCUGGAGAGCUGGAUGCAGUAUUUCCCGCUCUCGCAGAUGCACUUUGUCAGCGGAGAGCGGCUUAUCGUUGAUCCGGCCGGCGAGAUGGCAAAGGUGCAGGAUUUCCUGGGACUCAAGCGUAUCGUUACUGACAAACAUUUCUAUUUUAAUAAAACCAAGGGAUUCCCUUGCUUGAAGAAGCCUGAGGACAGCAGUACCCCACGGUGCCUUGGCAAGUCCAAGGGCAGAACUCACCCCAAAAUAGACCCCGAUGUCAUUCGCAGACUGCACAAAUUCUACAAGCCCUUUAACAUGAUGUUCUACCAAAUGACAGGGCAAAACUUUCAGUGGGAACUGGAGGAGGACGGCAACUCGCCUGGCUUUCGGGACUAAACCGCUGCUGCUCUCCGCACCACCAGCCUUCUCAUAGCCGAACGUCCCUCAGUGUUCCCUCGAUCCGUGCUUUAACACGCUAAUCGGUCGUUCCUGUCUUUGCGAAAGUGUGUGUACCCAUAGCGAGAGUGCUAAUCUGUCAACCCCCAAUACCAAUGGUGUUUAUGAUGGCAAACAUGGUUAUUGUACAUAUUAUCCCGAACAUAAAUAUAUUUAUAUUUGUCAAGAGAAGAGGAUUUUAUUCAUUUUCGUCAGAAAGAGUUGCUAUACGAAUCAUGUCUUCUAUGAUGAUGCAUGCGAUGAGUUAAGUGUCCUUACCCACCGUCACCCUGAGGGUUUUCUUUUUAAUCUCUCUCUUUUUUUUCCGCACACCAGCAGCGAAUGCAGUACAAUUGAGUCUGAUAGCUGAGGUUAUUUGUGGAUUCGGAAGACUAGAAAUAACUACAAUCAAACACAGAUCCUCUAAAAUGAGAGCGUUUCAGCUAUUUCUGCCCAAUUUUAUGCAUACAGUUUUGUUUUGUGGCUAAUAAAAUUUCAGAGAGUUGGGUCCAAAAGCUUACACUUCUAUAUGCAUUUUUUUAUUAUAUCAUGUAUUCAUAUAAUAUUAUAGUAUGCCAUAUGUUAUCAGAACAACAGUUGUACUGCAUAUAUUUCCUAACUUAAUCCUCUUCGUCCCACAUGGGUCUUAUGGCCCAUUUUUCAAAUCUUAAAACAUUACAGGCAUCAGGCUUUUGGACCUUACAUCUUUAACAAAUUAGCUUGAAGAAUUGCACUACAUACAGUACUUUUUUUUAUUAACUCUUCGAUAUAAUUAUAUGUUUACUUACACUACUGCUCAAAAGUUUGGGUUCGGUAAGAUUUUUUAUUUUAUUUUAUUUAUUUGUAAAACCACUAAUAUCAUGAAAUAUUGUUAUUAUUUAUAUUUGCGUAUAUUUUAAAAUGUUAUUUAUUCCUGCAGGGCAAAACUGAAUUUUCAGCAACAUUACAUCAGUCUUCAGUGUCACAUAAUCUCUCAUAAUAUGCUGAUUUGACGCUCAAAAAAAGUAAAUAAAAAUAUAUAUAUAUAUUAUUAUUAUUAUAAAUGUUGAAAAUUGAACUGCUUAUCAUUAUUAUUUAUUUUUUUACAAACACUGACACAUUUUUUCAGGGUUCUUUGAUCAAUAAAAAGCAUUAAUUUGAAAUAUAAACCUUCUGUGAUAUUAUGAUAUUAUGAAAGACUUCACUAUUGCUUUUGAUCAACUGAAUGAAUAUUGUCAAACAAAAUAGUAUUUAAAAAAAGAAAAGAAAAAAGAUUCUUACUGACCCCAUACUUUUGAAUGUUUGUGUUCUGUCUAUGGUAAUAAAACAUGCUUUUAGACAUCUGUCAUGCUAUUACCAUGAUUUUUACUAUUAAUAUGGUAAUCAUUCAUUGCCAUAGUAUAUACAGUACAGUAUCAAGGUUAUAUACAGUACAUAUAACUUCACAGUACCAACAUCGAGUAAGUGUGUAUUCAUUAAUCACAACCUCAAGAGUGAUGCUGUCUCUUAUGUCAGUUGAUCACAACCACUAAAACUGUCAUUAUCACACUCACGGCUUAUUUCAGAAAAAUCCAAAUGUUGCACAUAUGCUCCAUUCCUGGGUUUAACCCUCCAUAUUUAUAUAUAAAGCAGUCAUUGGCAUAGUUAUACAGCAACAUGAUAAUGAGUGCAGCAGCAAUGAUGGGGGAGAGAGCAGCAGGAAGAUACCAAACAUCUGUUGUAACAAAGUCCUCUGUCAUUACAGACAAAUGGGACAUUAAAAGAGAUGCCUGGGAAAAUCAUCAAGGAAGUCAGCUUUUUCAACCUGCAACUUACCUGAUUGAUGCAUUUCUGGUUCAUUUUAAAGAACCAUGUUAUGGAAUUGAUAUUUCUGGGAUUACUGCAGUGAUCUUGACGCUAAAGGUGUUUUUUUGUUUGUUUUUUAACAAAAAGCCAUGUUGUUUUCAUAAAGAAACUCUGUUGGCUGGCGAUAUAGUGGAUUUUGUUAUAUACUUGUGCACUUGAUUUGGAGAGCCAAAUGGUUUUCAGUAUUAAUCUGGCAAUAUCUAAGUCUUGGCCAUUCAUAACCAAUGUUUCUCAAUUGCCUUCAUCUCAGAUGGUGUUGUCAUACAUCUGAAUAUUAUGCAAAGCACUGUUGCAUGACCUAUUCAUGCCUAAAACUACUCCAUAUAAUGUCACUCAAUACUUAUUUAUUUGGCGAUUUAAGUCUAUGUUGUGCUAUCUGAUAAUUUAAACCAGAGGACUCCAAGUCUCAGCUGAAAAGAGUGUUAUUGAAUAGCAAGCAGUGAUUAAAUUAAACAGCCCAUUGGAUGAUUUUAAGAAAACAUUAAUUACAUUUGUGCUAUGACAUUUAAAAGUAAACCCUUAGGAUGCAAAAACUGAGAUAAAACUAAUCUCACUAGCCUCGCAUUUAGAAUUGAUUAUUUUCUGUGGUUAAUUGAUUACAACAGUCAGGCCAGAAUGAACUUAAGUCACUUUUCCGAGUUUACUUAUUCCUCAG